AUUUAUAAACGCUUUCAAUGUUCAAUUAUCUUUUCUAUAUGUUAGAUCUAUCAUAUCAUAUCAUGUCAUGUCAUAGCAUAUCAUAUCACACAACAUAUCGUAUGAUAUAUAAUUUAUACGGCCAUACAUUGCCCGUGUCUGCUGGCCCUUCAUUUUGCGAAAGUUCCCGAGAAAGCAAGUUCGGGCCUUGGUCGGGCUUCUACGGAGGUUUCCGAACGUGACGCGAACUUUGCCGAUGAUGUGACACCUAGCGGACAUUAGAAGCAACACAGUCCUUAGCAUCAGGAAUCGCCAGAAGUAUUAUGAAGAAGAUGAAGCCUGCUGUUGUAGCCGACGAAAUGUUCCCAGAGGGAGCUGGUUCCUUCAUGGAUCUAGAAGAGGAAAUUUGAGCCAUGAACUUCCGAGGGGUUCCGCCUGGUUUUCUGGACCUGCUGGAAGGCCUGACUGCAGAAGUGGUCAGGAACAGACCCACAGACAUAACAACUUUUGCCUCCGAACACUUCGAGAACCUCUUGAAACUCAGGGGAAACACGGAACAGGAGAUUCUCGAGGAUACGAGAGAGAGGGAUACUGAUACUAGAGAGGGCAACCACAGGGAGCAUGAGCGUUUACUGUCACAGGCGGGUGGAUCAGGUGGCUUGAUGAUGGAGCUGGCAGCCAAUGAGAAGGCGGUACACUCAGAUUUCUUCAAUGAUUUUGAUGACUUAUUUGAUGAUGAGGACCUUUCGUAGCAGAGCUGAAUCCAGCAGGGAAAAACAGCUUCAUCUAGAAAACAACCUCCAUCCACCCAGCCUAGAGAAGGAACGUGUAGAUUUGUUGCCUCAUUGUACAUACAUACAUUAGGCAGGACUGGACGAAGUACAAUAGUUAUGAUGGUACUUGUAUCUGAUACUAUAUAGAAGUUUCUCCCAUACUUUUUAUUCCCUUAUUCCAUUGAAAGGAAGCUUUGUUAUUUUUGUCGUGUCACUCCCACUGUUCUCACCACAUGAUGACAAAGAUGUAAAAAAGUCAUGACAUACAUCGUUAUUUGAUGCUUAUAUAUUUGUAAAUGCUUUCGAUGUGUAUCUUAUUUCCACACAUGGCUUCUCGAUAGAUUACAAUAGGUUGCAGGACUGAAACCAACAGGCAUACGCUUCCAACUAAAUGUUCCACUUUUCUGUGUAGUGUACGGUAGUUUAUGUCAAGGGUAUAACAUCAAGUUCAUGAUGAUAAGGCGACAGAAUUCAUCACCCCCUUGCUAUACAAGCUGGCCUUGGCUUUAGGUAGAAGUACAUGUAUUGUGAAGUAUGGAAUGUUUGUUUUGGAGACAAGUUAGUGUAUACAAUUUGUAAAUCUGGUAGUUCUGAACACUGACAAAUUUCUGACCGGUCACUGACCAAAUGCUGAUGAGUCACGAUGUUCACUAUAACCAGUGCAGUACUGUACAUGUAUAGAAGAUCCCAUCAUAUGUAUGGCCACUGACACAGACGGAAAACAAUGGAAUUUACAAAGAAAUACAGUAAGAUCAGUCUGUCUCUUUAUUCAUUUGCAACAGAAACUUGGAAAUGCAGCAUGUACUAAAGAAAUUAAACAGCAUUCACAGAAAAAACCUAUGUUCAAGUUUUUCUGAAAGUAGCAAUGGAGACAAAACACAGACUCACAUUUUUCUUACAUAAGAUCAUAAUACAUACUAUGUAAAAGCAGCAACAUAGAACCUGAUAGAUACAUAAUAUGAAACCACUUUCAGGACUUCAUUAAAAUACAGCUUUCACA